UGCAAAGUAAGUAUUCUUUUAACCAUGGUGGGGCUGGUCGCGGUACUUCAAGAAGAAGGGGUCGAGGAUCUCCAAUGGCAGAACUUGAAGAGUCGGCCAGACAGGAAAGAAGGGAAGAGGAAUAUUCAGAAAUGAUGAAUGUAUGUGAACACUGUGUAGCCUUGCAAAACAAUAUGAUCUUGCCAUCACCGUAUUUUCAAGUUCUUUCAGGUCUUCCACCACCCAUAAAUAAUCAUCAAGGUUUCAAUAUUCAGGUACGUUCAAAUCUUCCACCACCAAGAAAUAACCCUCAGGAUUUCAAUAUUCAAGUACGUUCAAGUCUUCCGCCACCCAAUCCUCAGGGUUUCAAUAUUCAAGUACGUUCAAAUCUUCCACCACCCAGAAAUAACCCUCAGAGUUUCAAUAUUUCAAAUCUUCCACCAUCCAUAAAUAACCCUCAGGGUUUGAAUAUUCAAGUUUUUUCAAGUGUUCCACCACCCACAAAUAACCCUCAAGGUUUCAAUGGCAACAGGCCCUCCUACAGCCAAGUUUUGCUUACUAGCCAAGUUGGGAAUGUGCAACCUAGCCAAGUUAUCAAUGAGCAACCUAGCAAAGUUGGUUAUGUUCAACUUGGCCAAGUGAGGAAUGCGCAACCUAGCCAAGUGAGAAAUGUGCAACCUGGCCAAGUGAGAAAUGUGCAACCUGGUCAAGUUACUCAAGGUAGAAUGAGGUCACAACAACCUUCAGAAUCAAAUAGACAACUUCCUGUACCUUUCUAUGACUUCUUAGGAGUGGAGAAUUCGGAGCAGGUCACAGAUCCUCGUGAGAGACGUGAAGAAGGAAAAUGA